AUGGUUUCAAAAGUCAUCUUCAUGGAUGGCAAAUAUCGUGGCUCCGAGGGCUGGCAGCGCAUCCUGCCGUGGUCUACCAAACUGGCCCAGGCUACCGAGAAGGACACAUCAGAAAACAGAAUGAGAUGGAUCAUUGUGGAGAGGAUACUGACCUUUUCUCUGCGGUGGGAGGGCCCCGAUGACGAGGGAGUUACCUUGGCUCGACGAAAAGUGCCGGAGAUGCCCACACGGCAAAUGCAGCUCAAGACGGUUUCGCGACUGCCGGCUUUGCGCAGCAUAGCCUGA